AUGCGCCUGCAACGGCCGGCCGGCCACAAGAACAAGGCAUUGUCGCUGCGGCAGGGCAUGAGCAUGACCCAAAAGCUGAUUCUCGGCUGCUCCAUGUACUUUGGUAUGAAUAUGAUCAUGAACAACAUGUUCCAGAAGAACCAGUCAGGAACCCAGGUCAAGGAUGCCAACGGCAACAUCGUCAGUGUUCCCGCCAAUACCGAGGACAUCCCCCCAUACCUCUUCCGCCCCAAAGAGUUGAACGAGGGCGCCACCUACAGCCAGGUUCCCUACAAGCUGGCCCCGAUCUGGCCCAUGGACAGCCACGUCGACAUUAUUGUCACGGUCUCUGAUACCUUUGUCCCGAUUCCGUUGUCCCAGACACCGCAGGAGAAGAUUGUUCUGAAGGAGGAAAAAUUCAAGCUCGGCGACUACAGCGAGAAGCGUUCCAUCGAUACCACUAUUACGAUCCCCCCCUCCGUUCAGAACAACGGCACUCUCUGGGGUCAUUUCUACGUCUCACUCCCUGGAAGCCAGCCUGAUCCUCAUGUCGAAGCUUUCGAUCCUGCCUCUGCCUAUUACUUCGCCUUCCCCCUCACCCAGUAUAUCCCGAAGAAGAAGGAAUUCAAGACUCGGUCGCUUCUGGAGGGUAAGGCCGAGGACGAGCCCGAGCAACUGGAGGAGGAGAAGGAAUCCGGCCCCAUCAUUGCUAGCUACUACCACCCAAACGCCAGUUUCUCAAUGAUUCCUAACACAGGAGUUCUGGAGUACCGUAGCACCCACCCCGCCAUCCGCCAAUUUCUUCAUCUUGAGCCGACUGGUGCGCGAGACGGCUCCGGCAAGCACUCCUGGUAUUACCCCAUCCUCUUCGUGAACACCUUCUGGCAGCUCAAAAGCCAGAUGAUGUUGCUCAAUGACACCGUCACUGAGGUCCCCCUGCAUAUUGACCUGAACAACAUGCGCUCAUGGCAGUUUAACACGCUUGCUGCUAUCGAGGCGAGCGCGAAGGAAUCUGCUCGCCAGGCUGCGUUUGGCGGAUCUCUACCCGGUGGCGGUGACGGCUCCGAGAUUGAGAUGGUCAAGGAGAUUUUCGGUGACACCAACCCCAUUCUUCUUGGCAUUACGAUUGUCGUCAGCAUUGCGCACAUCAUCCUUGAAACUCUCGCCUUCGGAUCAGACAUUGCUCACUAUCGCAAGAAGAAGGACAACGUCGGCAUUUCCGUUCGAUCGAUCUUGGCCAACGUCUUCAUGCAGUCCGUCAUUUUGCUUUACCUGAUUGAUAACUCACAAAACACGAGCUGGAUGAUUCUGGGCUCACAGGGAAUUGGAAUUCUCAUUGAGUUCUGGAAGAUUACCACCAUUGUCAACAUUGCUGUCAAACCGGCACCGCCAGGGUCCUUGCUGCCAUUCAUCAUCGCGGUUGAGGACAAGCACAAGCUUAGCGAGACCGAGGAGAAGACCAAGGAGUACGACCAGAUUGCGUUCAAGUACAUGUACAUUGCCGGAGUACCGCUGCUCAUUGGAUACGCCAUUUACUCUCUGAUUUAUGAGACGCACAAGUCGUGGUACUCAUACAUCAUUACGACAUUGGUUGGUUCCGUCUAUGCUUAUGGUUUCCUCAUGAUGGUUCCCUCCCUGUACAUCAACUACAGACUGAAGAGCGUUGCGCACAUGCCUGCCAAGGCCAUGAUGUACAAGUUCCUCAACACCUUUAUCGACGACCUUUUUGCGUUCACCAUCAAGAUGCCUUUCCUCCACCGUCUAUCGACGUUCCGCGACGACAUCAUCUUUUUUAUCUACCUGUACCAGCGCUACGCCUACAAGGUUGACUACACUCGUGUCAACGAGUUCGGCCAGGGUGGCGAGGACGAGGAGAACGAGGCUGACAAGGCCAAGGCCAAGGAGCUGCUUGAGAGCGAUCCCACAGCCGAGAAGGUGAAGGCGGUCGUGGGCAAGGCUACGGGCGCCGAUACUGGCAAGGCGAAGAAGAGAAAGUAA